UGCUUUAAUGAUGCAUUCGAGUUCAUCUGUCCAUCGCAGGCACACUGGAACCUUCGGGCAAAAUCCAUGUGUAAGCCGACAACAAACUAUACUUGCUUAUUUGAUAUUAACCUUCAAAUAAAUGUAUACAGGGAUAAAUGUAACAGACCUAGAAUCUUAGGUCCUGGUUAUAAAUACGUCUUUCAACCUAACUUAAACAGAGCAGCAUGUAGUGGUAAUCGAUAUCAGCCUUUUAUUUUUGAGACAGUUGGGUACAGUGACUGCACCUUUCAGAAAUCAUUUUGCAACAGCCUAGGUCAGGAGACAUAUGAACACGGCGAUACUACGGUCGACAGAAAAUGUAUAUGUAAUACCAAUAAAGGAUAUUUUUUUGUCAGGAACUCGAAACAACAAUGUCACUGUAAUCCUUCAACUGAAGAUUGUUCCUGUUAUCGCGGAAGAUAUUCAUACAACAAAUCGAUUGGACUGGAAAAUAUCAAAUGCUAUGAUGACCUUAAAAUGACAAGAAAGAUGUUCUUAGAAGACACGUAGGGUUUCCUCAACUUCUCAAAUUAUAUUCCUUUGUUAUGUUCAUUUAUCUAUACCUAUGUAUUACAUCUCUUUGAAUUCAUUAAUAAAACAUGCAUAUAUGUUAAAAUGAUUUGCAAAUGAAUAUCAAUUUAAAGUUUAGAUGUUGAAUAGAAUAAAAAAUGGAUAAAGAUAUAUCAGUUAUGCUAGUUAUGAAAAGAUCUUAUAAUUUAAAUAAUUUCUUGUGUGAAUUGAAUUAAAAUUCGAUUUCUGGUAGAUAUAACUUGGUUUAAAGUA